ACAGUGAAAAGCAAACAUUAAAAAAUGAAACAAUCUAGCGGUAAAUUAGUGCUGUCAUUUGUGGCGCUGCUGGCUGUUAGUCAAGCCACACCACUGAGCGAGGAUAAUGAGUUCUCCUUCGGCUGGCCGGGCAGUUUAAGCGACAACACCGAUUACUAUGUGAGCAGCCAUGAGGUUUCCUGGUUUGAAGCCAACUAUUACUGCUACUCAAAAGGCUGGGAAUUGGUGGCGCCUGAAAAUUUCAACUUAUUAACACUCUUCAAGGGCUUUCGUGAAUUGUAUGAUGUGAAAAACACCGCUUACUGGUCCGCGGGCAACCGACUUUCUGGCAGCAACUGGAUGUGGGGAAUAGAUGGCGAAAAGUUCACCACUUCCUAUUGGGAUACUAACGAACCCAAUGGCGAUGACAGCGACAAGUGCUUGUUGAUUGGAAAAACUGUGCAAUCUUUGUGGUCCGAUGAGGAUUGUGCCGCA